UCUUUCCUUUCAUCAAUGGCUCCAACUGGAUCUGCUUUUUGCCUAACAAGUACUCCAGUCUUCUUUUUCUCUUCCAAGGUAACAAGGAUAUCAAGAAAUUACAUGAAUGCCAACCCCCACAUUAGCAAGAUUUGUGUCAUUGACUGUUCUAGUGGCACUAAGCUUGUGACAGAAUCAACAGCUUCGUCAACUUCAGAAAGAACCAGCUUUGGUUUCAAGAACUUGACUGAGACUUUUUGGGUUAAUGUACAGAGAGCAGAAGGAAGGCCACUAAAUGUGCAGCUAAAUUCACCAUUAAGUACAGUGUCACCGAGUCUUGAAAAGGUGGAGAAUGUAGCUAUUAGAAUUGAGCUCAGUAAUGGAUGUGUUGGGUGGGGAGAAGUUCCUGUGCUUCCUUCUAUUACUGCUGCAAAUCAGACAGUUGCUGUUACAAAGGCUAGAGAGGCAUGGCAAUUUCUGCGUUCCAGCUCGCCUAUGGUUUUGAAUUUGAUGCUCAAUGAGAUUGGUGGGAUUCUUCCAGGAACUGGAUUUGCUUCUGUUAGGGCUGGAGUUGAAAUGGCAUUGAUUGAUGCAGUUGCUAAUAGUAUUGGUGUGCCCCUGUGGAGAUUAUUUGGUGGUGUAUCAAAUACCUUAACCACUGCUAUCACACUUUCAAAUGUUUUCCCCGCAGAAGCUUCUGAAUUGGCUUCAAAGUACUGCCAACUAGGAUUCAAGACCUUGAAGCUUAAAAUAGGGAAGAAUAUUAAAGCAGAAAUCGAAAUUCUCCAAUCCAUACAGGCAGCUCACCCCAAUUGUUCAUUGAUUUUAGAUGCAAAUGAGGAAUACACUUACAGAGAAGCUUUAGAAGUUCUUCAAAAGUUACAUGAUUCAGGGAUAACACCUACUCUCUUGGAACAACCGGUUCAUAGAGAUGACUGGAAAGGUCUUGGAGAAUUUUGUAACUUUGCAAGAGGGAAGUAUGGGAUAUCCGUUGCUGUAGAUGAGAGUUGUCAGAGCUCAAUUGAUGUUCAAACAGUUAUUAAGGGCAAUUUUGCAGAUGUCAUUAACAUCAAACUAGCAAAAUUUGGAGUCAUGGGAACCCUAGAAAUCAUUGAAUUGGCAAGAAAUUCGGGCCUAAAUCUGAUGAUUAGUAGUACAGUAGAGACCAGACUUGCCACAGGAUUUGCUGCUCAUCUGGCUGCCGGGCUUGGCUUUUUCAAAUUUGUUGGUCUAGAUAUGCCAUUUCUGCUUUCAGAGGAUCCUGUGAUUUGUGGUUAUGAAGCUUGUGGUCCUGUUUACAAGUUCUUAAAUGCAAGAGGUCAAGGAGGUUUCCUCAAAUGGGACUUUACACCAUGAUGAUUUCAAAGGUAUAGUUGAUUACCACUCAGCGGUUCAUAAAUAAUGAAGAUCACAAUAACUGCCUCAAUAACUUUAAGGAUGGGGCUUAGAGAGCAGAUAGUGAUUGAAAUGCGAAGCAUAGCAAGCUGCACUCCUGACAAUGUCUUCUUAUUAUGAUGUGCUACUGGUUUUACUUAGCAUUAUGAAAUUUCUGUUUAUGACCUUUCUUUCUCCUUUCUACUUUCUUCUUCUUUGAACUUAUGUGGUGUUUUAUGGUUCAUCUUGCCGGAUUUGAUAACAUCAACAAUGCAAUUAUACCUUCUAUGUUC